AUGAAGUUUUCGGCUGCUAUCAUUUCCUCGAUUCUUUUUGCUUCUGCUGCCACCGCUGCUCCAGUGAAAGAAUUCCAAGAUUCUCAAUCAUCCAAUUCUACAGCUAUUCAACAAAAAGAUAUCAUGGGCGAUUUAUUUGGUCAUCACCAUCCUCCGCCUCCUCCACCUCCUCCAUCAGGCCCUCCAGGUUAUGGUCCACCAUCAGGCCCUCCAGGUUAUGGUCCUCCAUCAGGCCCUCCAGGCUAUGGUCCACCUGGGCCUCCACCUGGGCCUCCAGGCAACCCAUGGAUGGAAAAAAUAGCUAAUAGUACCUCAAUUGGUGAAAAAAGAGAUAUUCAAAAAAUUAAUUCUACCGAUAUUCAACAAAAAGAUUUAAUGGGAGAUUUAUUCGGACAUCAUCAUCAUCCACAACCACCACCUCCAGGCCCACCAGCUCCUCCAGGCCAACCAGGUUAUGGGCCUCCUCCUCCUCCUCCUCCUCCUCCUCCAGGUCCUCCUGGAAAUCGCCCAUCACCUCCACCGGGCCCACCAGGUAACCCUUGGAUGAAUAAAAUGGUUAAUGGUACUGCCAGCGAAAAAAGAGACUUGGUGGGCGAUUUAUUCGGUCAUCACCAUCCACCUCCACCGCCAGGACCUCCAGGACCUCCAGGCCAACCAGGAAAUGGCCCACCAUCAUCACCACCUGGCCCACCAGGUAACCCUUGGAUGAAUAAAAUGGUUAAUGGUACUGCCAGCGAAAAAAGAGACUUGGUGGGCGAUUUAUUCGGUCAUCACCAUCCACCUCCACCGCCAGGACCUCCAGGACCUCCAGGCCAACCAGGAAAUGGCCCACCAUCAUCACCACCUGGCCCACCAGGUAACCCUUGGAUGAAUAAAAUGGUUAAUGGUACUGCCAGCGAAAAAAGAGACUUGAUGGGCGAUUUAUUCGGUCAUCACCACCCACCUCCACCUCCACCGCCAGGACCUCCAGGACCUCCAGGCCAACCAGGAAAUGGCCCACCAUCAUCACCACCUGGCCCACCAGGACCUCCAGGGGGCCACCCUUGGGUGAAGAAAAUAGUGUCGAACUCUACUGAAUCUUCUGCCUAA